CAAAUUAGUGAGAGUUUUACUUUUAAACCGUGCGGUCACGUUCCGGAGCCGGUAUGUCAAACUCGCUGGCGGAUUUGUUGGAUUAACUGAAUGACCAACCAGACUGGCUGUAUUCCUUCGGACGUAGUUGCGAUGCUUCGAACAGAUUGCCAGCGGUAGGGAUGACGGCGUUUGGGGUGAAGUUGAUGGGUGCUAUCCGUAUCCUUUUAUCUUUCGUGCUGGUGGACAGCAGCAGAAAUUAGGAUUAGUGGAAAAAAACAAGGAUUACAUUUUGCACGGUUGUAAAAAAAAGGGAAAAAUUACAAUGAAAGUGUUUUACAUCACCUAAGACGCACUGGUUCGGAUUGAUGCUGGGUGGGAAGCGAAGGAUUAAAAGAUAAAAUCCAUAUCUGCUGAAAACUGUCGACGGAUCUUGCGACAGUCGUGCGAAGGUGGAAACCGGGAUAAUACCACGGCAAGGAAGGACGAUCAGAUGUUCUUCCGCCUCAGGGGGCGAAAACCGCGAUAAGUGCUAAGCGCCGUCCGGGAAAUCAAUUUCAGUCCGCCUUCAGUUUUCUCGCUUCUGGUGGUAAAUUUAUGGUGAAAGUGUUCAAGAUUGCGUCCCUCCCUGGAAUGUGCUUUUGUGCUCCAUCUGUGUGCCAUCGACGAACCGCAUCCGCUAGUCCCCAGGACACUGCCCGACUUUGGCCGUGUUUAUCCCGUAGUACUUUUACUGUGUCGAUGAAAAACGAGAAGAAAACACCGUCCUCCCACUGGUCCGUUUCCUGCUAGAAAGAUACACAAAAUAAGCGAACGCAGCGUCUAAGUAGAACGGGGCAAAUGUGAUCCCUGCUGGUGUGAAGUGAUAAAUUAAUUAAUUUUCUUUCCCCGGAAGGGAUUCGUAGAAUCAAUGGUUGCAGAAAUCGAGCGAUAAGAAAAGUACAAAAGUUUUCUCCCCUCGGUUCGCCUUUCGUGAAAUCCUUAGUUUUCCAGCGGGAGUGUGUAAUUAAAAUAGGAAAAGUCGAAUAAGUAUACGAAAAGAAGAUAUAAGUCGUAAGAUAAAUCUUGCCGAAACCUCAAAACUUUCCCGCGGUCCAGUGGUCACCGACGAUUUAUACGGAUGCGGCAAAGUGUUUUCCGGCAGAGUAAGGUGUUCGUGAUUGUGUUUAUGUGGUCGACGUGUUCGUGAUUUCGAAGUGUUUUGAUUUGAAGAAUAAAAAAAGCAGCCAGCAUGAAGUGCCACAGAGGAGCUGCCUUCGUCAAGCGAGUCCUGCUGGAUGUGUUGUUUCUAUCGGUGUUUCCAGGAUUACUUCCGCCAGCAGACGCCUCAAUCAUCGUGAAGGAUAGUGAAUAUGAAAACACACCACUUCACAUGGCGGAGGCGGUUCAAGGCAUGACUGGAAGCCUCGAGUGCAACAUCACAUCGCCGAUCGCCGGUGACAGGGCGAUUCUGGUCAUCUGGUACAAGGGUGGACAGACGAUACCAUUGUACACAUUCGAUGCGCGCGAUACCCGCGAGGGUUCACAUCGGAGUUCCAAUUCGUCCUUCGACGGGCGGGCCAGCUUCUAUCCGAAUCUGGUGCCGGCGGUGCUGGAAAUCCGACAGACCAAGAGCACCGACAGCGGGGUCUACCGAUGCCGGGUUGAUUUCCACAAGAGUCCCACCAGAAACACCCGCGUGCAGCUUUCCGUGAUAAUCCCACCGGAGAAGCUACAAAUCGUGGAUGCCAACGGCCACAGCAUUCCACACUACAUCCUGGGCCCGUAUAACGAAGGCGCCUCUGUAAACUUCACCUGCGUGGCAAGUGGCGGUCGUCCCUCGCCUACCGUCAACUGGUGGUACGACAACGAGAUAGUGAAUCACUCGUCGACUAUCCUUUCCGAACGGCGUGUGAAAAACACACUGAUACUUAACCGACUCGAGCGGAAGCAUCUGAAGGCAAUUUUCACGUGUGCAGCUUCCAACAACAACGUAACCAACCCCAUCUCAGCCUCGAUAACGCUCGAUAUGAACUUGCGUCCAUUGAUGGUGCGACUGCAGGGCAAAAAUCGGCCCCUGUCCGCCAAUCACACGUACGAUCUGCAGUGCGAGGUCCACGGCUCACGGCCGGCUCCCAUCAUCACCUGGUGGAAGGGGAGCAACCAAAUGAAAGGACACCACGAAACGACCGACCCCGAAGGCAACAUCACUGUGUCCAUUCUAUCGUUCCGGCCUACCAUCAAUGACAAAGGCAAAUAUCUAUCCUGCCGGGCGGAGAUGGCCGUUAUUCCGGACGCCGGCAAAGAAGAUGGUUGGAAGCUGGAUAUAUAUCACGUUCCCGUCGUGUCGCUCGAGUACGGCACCAACUACAACAACACUUCGUCGAUCCGGGAGGGCGCUGACGUCUACUUCGAGUGCAACAUCAAGUCAAACCCGUGGGUGUACAAAGUUAUCUGGCGACAUCAGGGAAAUGAGCUACUCAGCAAUCCUUCGGAGGGGAUAAUCGUGUCCAACCAGAGCCUGGUGCUGCAGAAUGUGAGCCGCUCGAGGGCCGGUAUUUACACUUGCGUGGGCAGCAACCGAGAGGGCGAUGGCGAGAGUAAUCCGGUUCAUCUGGAUAUCAAGUUUGCCCCCGUUUGCCGGCCCGGACUGGUCACGACGUACCACGUUGGUCGUUACGAGCUGGCUAAAAUUGCCUGCGAGCUAGAGGCGAAUCCAACGGAUGUCACUUUCGUGUGGAAGCAUAACACCUCGGUGUCGGAAACGCUGGACAUACCCUCGACGCAUGUGAGCAGCGAGCAUGCGAAGAGCAUCUUCCGCUUCAAACCGAUCAGCGAGAGUGUAAGUGAUUAUGGGACUCUGCUAUGUUGGGGAAGUAACGAGAUUGGAACACAAGCCGAUCCUUGUGUUUUCAGUCUCAUUCCAGCGGGCAAACCCGACUCGCUGUCCAACUGUACCAUUCUCAACCAAACGUUCGACAUGCUUCAAAUCGAAUGUCUGGAAGGUUUCGACGGGGGCUUGCAGCAGGAGUUCCAAGCGGAGAUGUACGUCGUUGGCAGUCGCCAGCUGAUCGGAACCAUCAGGACAAGGCUCCCGGUCUUUGAGCUGAAGGGACUGGAACCGGGCAUCGGUUAUAAUAUUUUCCUGUCAGCCAAAAACUCCAAGGGUUCGAGCGAACCAACCUAUCUACAGGCUUUUACUUUGAAGAAUCCGGAAAAGCAAACUGAUCUAUCGCUGGUGUACGCGCCGACGUUGCAUCAAAUAAAGCCUUUCAUCGGCACGCUGCUCGGAGUGGUGGCGGCCAUCAUCUCGAUAGCGUCCAUUAUCGUUUGCAUCACCCGUUUGCGGGGCUCGGCCGGCAGGGAUCGAGACUGUAGCAAUAUAUCGACGAACGAUGCCUCCGGCAUUAGCCAGUCUCUGCCCGAGCAGCCACUCACGGAGCAGCAGUGCAACGGAAGCAUCGACAGCAUCGAGAAAAACCCGGACAUCAUCCCGCAAGGGAAACUUCCACACCUUUUGGAAGAAGAUGAGAAAGCGUUCGAGUGGCUCAACAGCGGUGCCCAUCCGCGAUUGUAUGCAACCGCGGCGCUGGCCGAGCAGCAGCAUCAACAGGUUGGUUUGGGCGUUGGAGGAGGAGGCGGCGGAUUGCUGGGACCGGCCGGUGUUGGUCCCCCCGGUGGGACCUACGACAGCCGGACGUUCUACGCGACGAUGCGCGAUGGCAGCUGUAUGCAGCAGAAUGUCUACCCCACGGCGCUGGUUGAUAAUCAAAAUUACAUUCCCGUGCAUAGCGGCAUAAUCCCGACGGCGGUGAUAGGCGGGUACGGAAGCGAUGGCCACAAGCACGAUCUAACGUACGCCGACCUGACGAGCAUGGCCGGCGGUCAGAUGCAGCAGAAGCAGCAAAUGUACGUCAGUGCAACCCUCGGUCGACCGCGGCAGUCCGACAUAAAACGGAGCGAGCCAACGAUCUACGCGCAGAUUGAUUUGGCACACCAUCCGUCAGUACAUUCAACAAAUUUAGUUUACACAAAUACCAGGCCUGGCAUUCCUAUUUCGCACAGCCAACAGCAGCAACAGCAUCAACAUCAGCAGCAGCAGCAGCAGCAGUCGGCGCCGCUGGGGAUACUGGUCCCACCACCCACCUCGGCGGCAGGCCUCACGGAACGUUUCCCACCCCCGCCCCUGUUUGCUGGCCACGUGCCAGUCAGCAAUCCAUCAUUAUGUUCAACUGAAGCGUUUCUGCUUCCACUACCACCUCCUCCGCCUCAACCAGCAAUCACUCUAUCCCAAGAAAGUGAGCCGCUCCCCGGCCCAAGCGGCACAUCUUGCCCUCUGGCCACUUUCACCGAGUUAUAUCCCGAUAAAUCCACAUAGCUGCUGAACAACCCCCAUUGAUCGCAACCUUCAGCUAUGAACCGUCUUAUUUCCAGCCGUCGAGCCUUCUGCACACCCUCCCGGAACGACCACCCCACUGCAGCACGCCGGAAUCGGUGAUCUCGUCCGGUCUGCCAAGCGGACCAACCGAGCGACUGCUGCACAACGCGACCCGUUUUUGAUAGGAAAUCCGGGCCCAGAUUCGUCCUAAGUUUUGAGCAGAAGUCAAAUCCGAAACGACCCGCCCACGGCUCAUAAACACUCAUUUUCAUCGCCAUCUUGUCAUCAACGAUGUUGCAACAAUAAACAGAAACAGGAAUCGAUCCGCGUGAUCUAUCCAGCGGAACACUCAAGUGAAUGUCUACAAAUUAGAAAUCAAACGAAAGAAACCAAAACAAUUCAAAUGUAUAUGUAACGAGUAGAAUGGCCGAACGGAAGUGUGGAACUUCGGCCACAAGCUACACUUUGAAUCUACCUAAACUAACUUACAAUUCAAUCUACGACACAUUGAAAUCUUCUAUCUAACUAAAGCUAAAGUUUAAGGCAAGCGAGAAGAAAACGAGAACCAGUAAUGUUUGUAAAUAAUGUUGAGUGUGAACGCGGACGCGAAAGUUGGGAGGGAGAACGAAUAAAAACAGUAAUAAUCAAAACAGAUGAUAUGUAAUAAUUUUUAUACAUAAAAUACUAACAAAAAAAAAAAAAGAACAAAAACCAGAGUCGCUAUUGGAGACAGGAACAAAUAAUGAUUAACGACGAAGGCAGUACACGAGGAAACCACUUCAAUUUUCAAUCGAAACCAUUUACAAAUAAUAACAGAACAAAAGUUACACCAGUGAAGGGAAAGACGUUGUGAGAUGUAAAUAGUCCGAAGGGGAUACAAUUUUUAAAAUAUGAACAGAGAUGACGGAAGGUCUCAAGAUAAACUCAAUGUAAAAUAAUAAUAAAAUAGAAACGGGACAAAAAAGAGAAAUUCAAGUGUAUGGAAGAACGUUAAGAACUUCAAAUAUUCACCACAUGGUGAGGAGGAAAAUAAGAUUAAACCAUUUUGAGAGAUUGUUUUUUUUAGAACGGAGUUAUUCGAACAGAAAAAACGGGAAAUAAUAAACGAAAAUAUGUUGGAAGUGGUACUGAUUGAGACCCGCGCCGUUAGAAGGAAACAAAAUGGGAAAAGCGAACUUGAAACUAGGACAAUGAGAAAAUAUAGUACCGAAGGGAGAAAGAGAAGUAGAAAAGGCCAUAGAAACAAUUGUUAUGAGGGUGAGUUGGAAAGGGAGUUUAAAAGAUAAAAACCGUGAAUAAAUAAUUAU